AUGAUACCCGAGGGAUUACCGGAGUUACUGGAGAAGUUCACGGAGAAGGCUAUAUCAGAAAAGCCGACUGAUUUGGUUGAGUUCGCAGCAAAUUAUUUUCAUAACCUUCUGGAAUCCAAAAGUCAACUUGAAGAACAUCGAGUAGGCUAUAUUGGUGCACGUCGACACAGUGUGGCAGCUGAAAGUUUUAAUCCAGCCACGAUAACUGAUUUGGAACCUGUUGUUCAUCCAAAGUCUGUAGCACAAAAACUUCGUUUAGCAUCAGUCGUUAAACCAAUUUUCAUUUUUCGUUCAUUGGAUGAGAUUCAACUGAGAAGAGUAAUCGAUGCGAUAAAAGAAACGCCUGUGACUAAAGGUCAAGUAAUUAUAAAUCAAGGUGAAGAUGGUGAUUAUUUUUAUGUAAUUGAAAGUGGAGACUAUGAUAUAAUCAUAAAUGGGAAUAUAGUAGGAAGUUAUGCUGGAUCGGGUUCCUUUGGAGAAUUAGCACUUAUGUAUAACACUCCUCGAGCGGCUACCAUUAUAGCGAAAACAGAUGGUGUAUUGUGGGCUUUGGAUCGAACAACGUUCCAACAUAUAGUUUUGCGACAGGCAUUUUUAAAGCGUCAACUUUAUGAGAACUUGCUAUCUUCAGUUCCGCUUUUAGGGAGCUUAAGUGCAUACGAACGUACUAAUUUGGCGGAUGCACUUGGGAGUCAUACCUAUGAAGAUGGGACGUGCAUUAUUCAAGAGGGUGAACCAGGAGAAGAAAUGUACUUUAUUGAGGAGGGAUGUGUUGUAAUUUCUACCAAGAAUUCUAAUACACAAAUUAUUUGUUUCUUCUAACACCAUCUACAGGUAGCUAGUUUUAAUAACUAGCGAUAUAUGUUUAACGCCAUUUUUAUUAUUUGAUUGUUCAUAAUAACAACUUAUCAGUUGCUUUAACGAAAUAAAUAGUCAUGCAAAAAUGUUCCAUUCUUAUUGAGAUACUAAUGACGCCAUUAUUUACAGGUUAAAAAGUUAACGAUAUGUCCCAUAAUAACUUAUUAAAGUUCGGUAGAUAUGAUAAAAUAAAUUUGAAAUAGUAACCAUAUCGGAGAAACGUCAUGAAAAUAAAUCUAUUCGGGUUUAACAACGUGACAGAGAAAGGAUGUGGUUUGUAAAAAUUACAAGUCACGAGCAUGUAGAAGGAUUUUAUUUUCAUACACAAUAUGAGUUUUCUAUAUGUAUAAAGCAAGGAGAUCACCAAUACAAAAUGUCAAAUGAAUAUGUACUAUCUCUUUUCUUCCUGGUUUCUAUUUACCUUGCCAAUGAUUCAGAGUGAUAAGUCUCUUUUCGUUGAAUAACCCGUGUUCAUGUGAUAAUUUAUCAUUGUAACCAUCGCUAUGCCCUUUUUUCCAACCUGUCACAAACUCUCUUUUUAGUUUCUGGACUAAAAUAACAGAUUUUUGUGCUUUUUAUUUCAUUCGGAGGAUUGUUGUUAUUAACGAACAUAUUUUACAUUAUCAUUAUUAACAAAGAAUAUGUAUGUAUUUAAUUGUACGGCUUUGGAAAUAAAAUCAUUGGAAAGCAAUAUUUUCGUUAAACAACUAAAUAUUAGACAAAAAAAUGUUUAAGAUAAUUAAAAUUUACUAUUCUUUACUUCUCAGUUUCAUUUAGGCGACUGGUAUAAUUUCAAUAUUUAGAACAUCAGUAGCUUAUCUUUUAUUGAGGUAGGGAAUUAUAAUUAUUGAUUAUCUAAAGUAGUCAAUAAUUAACAUAGUUCAACUGUGUUUUAUCUUGGAUAAAGAAUACACUGAUGCUGUAUUAAUUUAGCCGUCAGUUUUAUCGCACAAAAUCAACGUUUGUAAAUCGUUUUGAUUAGUUAAAGAAAAAAUGAUUUCUACUUAUUCUGUUUAAUAAUUAGGCUGAAAAGUGGGCUAUUUUAUUUUAUAACUAACCAAUUUUUUUAGUGCGGAAAUAUGUAUAAUCUUCAUCCGUAUGGUGUUUAUCUAAAUGUUAUGUAGACCUCGAGAAAGUUGGUUUUGAAGUUUGUAAUUACCACUAAAAAGAUUGGACUUGAUAUAUUCAGAUAAAUUAGACACUGACUAGAUUGUUUAUGAUAAUAUAUCUGUUUUAAAAAUUGUUUUUGAUCUUGAAUUCAGAACUACUAAAUGUGAUUGUAUAAUAUCCUAUGAAUUUCAGAUACCAUUGUCAUAUUUAUAAAAGAGAGAAUUGUCUUGAACAUUGGCUGUGAUCUAUGACAUACCAGCAACUAGCUGAAAUACAAACGACUUUCACAUCAUAUAUGAUUAUAAAAAAAGGAAAACCAGUAGGGAGUUUUCUUGUCGAAAUCUAGCACAAUUUAAAAUUAUUCUUAACACAGAGUUUAGUUGUAUUAUGUAUGUAGCAUUUAUUUGAAUUCAUCUUCUUUAUAUUAUUGUUAAAAUAAUAGUUUUUCAAUACUAUAUUUUAAUGAAUUUAGAAGUGUAAAUACACUCAGAAUCUUAAUAAUAAACUUCCAUAAGUAAUGUAUUUGAAAAGACAUAUUCGUUACAUUUUGUCAGUACAUAAUGUCAUUUUACAAUUUUCCUAUUUUGUACUCAAUGUGUUUCUGUUAGCUAAUAAAUUAGUUUUCGUAAGGAUACAAAUAAUGCCAGUUUAUCUCAUAUCAUAUUCUCAUAUAUGUCAGUAUUGGUAACUAUACACAAAACUUAUUUGAUGCUUAACUUAGUUCUGGUAAUUCAAUGACGGAUAUUAUUGUAUAGAAGGUUUGACAGCAAGCCUUUACUAUAUCACUCAUUCAAUUAUCUAUACUAAGUUAAAUGAGACCCCAUAUUAAGCGUUUUUUUCGCAAACUCAUAAAACGUGGUAUCAUUGCUGUUACAAGGUUGUUAAGCAAUGUACAAUUACAGUAGAAAACUGAUUUGGUUAAUUAUAAUGAAAUUGUAGCUCAGCUAGAUAGGGUGGUGCAUUAUAUACCGUUGCUCAAGAGGACUAUCUAAAUUGUUUGCUGAAUAAAAGUGAUUUGGCGAUUUAAGUAACUAUUUCCUCACGUGACAAAAAAAACAAAAGUUUCAUUUAUUCAUAAUUUAUGAUGAUACUAUAUGUUUCUGUAGGGUACUGUUUCAGAGAACCUGAGAAUUCUGAUUGUUACAAGAUUAAUCAUUAAGAUUUAUAGUCUGAUAUUCAAAAAUAACAAUCAAUGCGAAUAUCUUUUAUAAAACCGUUUGUGAAUUGUUUCUUCUAUUUAUGAAGAAAUACACGGAAAAAAUCAAUUUGUUAGCGAUUCAGUAUCUGUUCUUAUCAUGGAAAAUAGUUUACUUAUUUUGAAAAAAGUUUAAAUAAAUAAGCAAAUAUUUCUAAAAAUGCAAAUAGGUUAAAAUUUUAUUUCAGUGGGAAAAAAAUCCUACUGAGUCUUUACUUUUUUUAAUGAGUUUAACUACAUUAAUAAUGUAAUUUUUUCACAAAUAGAAAGGAGAGGAAAUCGUACUCAAACAGCUGCACAAGAAUGAUUAUUUUGGUGAAUUAGCGUUAAUUUUACAUGAACCCAGGAAAGCCUCAGCUCGUGCUGUUGGUAGAACUAAACUUGCAGUUCUGGAUGUAUCAAGUUUUGAACGACUUAUGGGACCAUGUAUAGAAAUUAUGCAACGUGAAAUGGGACGUUAUCGUACUCAAUUACUUGAAACUUUGGGACCAGAUGAUAUACGUAAUAAUCCUUCAUUGGCAAAAUUCGUAGAAUUCGAACAGUAAUUUCAAAAAAAAGAAAAUACGAAUAUGUCAACUAUAAUGAAUUAUGAAAACAAACUACAAUUGUCUGUUCUCAUUCAUUUCUUCAUAUAGAUGUUUUACGUAAAUGAUCGUAUUCUCAAUGUUUUGUUGAUGAAUUUCUGUAUCUUUCAUGAAUAUAAACGUUUAACGUUCUCACUGUCUUUUUACAAUAUCUGUAACGUGAUUAUUCUCACUAUUUACACAUACAUUCAAUUAUCGAAUGUAUUUUAAAAAAAACUGAUGUC